AUCUCAAUAAAUAUUUAUAUGUAUAUAUUGGUGUCCAAAUUCACUCUUUCUAUGCCACCUUCUUAGUCCAGUAUUUCAAAAUCCUUGAAAGAGAUUAUUAUUUUUUAAUUAUUAUUAAGAUCAAGAAUUAUGGGAAGAGCUCCAUGUUGUGAUAAAGCAAAUGUGAAGAAAGGACCAUGGUCGCCAGAAGAAGAUGCAAAAUUAAAAGAGUAUAUUGACAAAUUUGGCACUGGUGGAAAUUGGAUUGCUCUGCCACAAAAAGCUGGGCUAAGAAGAUGUGGGAAAAGCUGCAGAUUAAGAUGGCUAAAUUAUCUUAGGCCUAAUAUUAAACAUGGAGAAUUUUCAGAUGAAGAAGAUAGAGUCAUUUGCAACCUUUAUGCUAACAUUGGAAGCAGGUGGUCAAUAAUAGCAGCUCAAUUACCAGGAAGGACGGAUAAUGAUAUCAAGAACUAUUGGAACACAAAGCUCAAAAAGAAAUUAAUGGGAUUUGUCUCUUCAUCUCACAAGAUUAGGACUCUUAAUCAUCAUAAUUAUCAACACCAAAUUCCCACUAAUUGUUACAAUGAUUAUUCCUCACAAAUUUCACUUCUUCAAGCUUCGUCUUUAUUACUCUCAUCAAAUUAUAACAACACCACAACUUUCCCAUGCUAUGAAACCAGUAUUCCUAGUACAAUCCCAUCAAGUACAAGUUUCUUAAGCACGGGUGCAUCGACUAGUUGUACCUCAGGCAUUACCGCUAGUACUUUCCAAGAAGGUAAUUUUGUGGGUCCCGCUACUUCUUCUGACGAGAGUUAUGGCGUUUCAAAUUUGGAUUUUCAUAGCUAUAUAUAUAACAACAGUGUUAUUGGUGAAGGAGAAGAAGACCACAUCAGUAAUUCAAAGUUCUUGAUUAACGAAGGCGGAAGAGGAAAAUUAAUUAGUGGAAGUAAUGAUGGUGGUUGUUAUGUUGAUGAACAACAAAACCCAUUAGAUUAUAGUAGCUUGGAGGAGAUUAAGGAUCUAAUUAGCACUAAUCACGUUUCUUGUAAUAACAAUAGCUUUUUGCUUGAUCACGAGAUCAAGAAAGAAGAAGUCAUGAUGUACUAUUGAUGUACAAAUAUCAGGAUAAUUUUCAAUUUGGGAAAAGUAGUUUUUUUUUUAAAGUACAA